UCUUAGGUCUCCCUUAAUGUGGUGCAAGUCACGUCAGAAAGAUGAGGAAGAUAAUUGUGUCCAGCCAGUCCGUCAGGACUGUGAGCAUUGCACAGCGGUUUGGGACCCAGGACAGAGCAGGAUGUCUAGUGCGCCUCAGUCAACAUUUGUUAUUAUCUCUUGGAAUACACUUUUUUCUUUUAGACUGGUGCUCUAGUUUCUUUUAGCAGUUGUCAUCCAGCGCUGGGAGAAGCGCAGGUAAUGUCACACUGCGUCUCUCAAACAGCCCGUCCUUUUGGCUCCCGUGUAUUAACGCAGCUGCAACCACCAGAAAUUUCUGAAACCGAUUUGCCUUCUGUGAGUCACAAAAUGUCAACACCUGUGCUUUUAACCUGCUCAAUAUAAAGGCUGACUAUUAAGAAGAGGGAGGGGAUACUCAUGCAUGAUUUCACGGUAGUGCUAUUACAGAGAACAUCUGGGAAAGGAAGUGUGGUACCUCAACUUCUAAUUGAACUAUUUCAUAAACAGGGGGCAGGGGCAGAUGUACCAAUUAGUGUGGAGUUGUGUCAGAUCCUACAUAUUACAAUUAGUCAUGACAUUAGAGGCAAUGUUUGUGCAUUGUUAGAAGGUUUUUGUUGAAGAAAUUUAAAAUUUCUUCCAGUUUUUCUGAAGCUGAGGGGACCUUUAUUUGUGCGUAGGAAGGAAUUGAGUCAAACGUGAUUUGAGCAGUAGCUGUUUGCUGGUAAUGUUUGUGUGAAACACAUUAGUUCUUGGUGCUCGUGGAAUUUGAAGGAAAGGGCAGUCUCCUAAUUCUCCAUUGGAAGACCUGUGCAGGAGGCUCCAGGUAGAAAUAGAGAAUAAACAUCUACCUUUCCAAAAGUCCUAAUAUCUACUAUAUAAAUAAUUUCAUUGAGUGUAUUUGUGGAGACUUGAAAAAAAAAAUAUGACAUGUGUCAACACACUGUAGUGAUUUUCAUGUUAAGAUCAAAUUUAUUUUCAAAAAUGAGCAUUUCAAUUGGGCACCUUUUCAAUAACUUUAAUCUUCAUUUUAGGUUUCUCAGUAAAAGAUUGUGAAACCAAACUUGCUAUAAAAAUAUAACAUUCCAUUCCCUGAAAGUGGAAUUGUCUCUACAGCUGUAGGAAUAUGAAAAAAUAAACUUGAAGAUAUACAUCACAAUCAUCCUUGAGUAUUUAAAACAACAGUCAUAUUCUUAGAAAUAAGUUGGCUUUAAUAAAAGAAGCCUAGGUUUAAGUUGUUUGCCAGCUUGAUUUUUUUUUUCUUAGCUGUGAAGUUAUCUGCUCUUUGCAUCAUGUUUCAUAUCAGAGCAUCUUACAUAUAUAUAUGCAAAACUGCAUCCACACUUUAUUUGCUCUUCAAAGGUUCAUUCUCUGUGUUGGGGGGGGGUGGGAAAACUGUUCCAUCUUUUCCAGUUCUUGCUGGAUUUGUGGCUUUUGCCUGGCCCUUGCCUGAUGAUUGGGAAGUUCCCAUCUUUGUGCACAACAGCCUGGCUUGUAAACCACAGGAAGGCUGGAAAUGACCUUGGUUUUCAUUUCCUGUUUCUUCCAUGGUUAUUUUUAUGAGGAGUUCAGGGAGCUGCUGAUCAAGCAGAUAUUCAAACUAGGUGUUCUGAUGGAUAUGUGAAAAUUGCAUUUAGGAUAAAAUUGUUAAUAUGCAGGGGGCAAAGUGUGAAUUAUUGACAAACAGCAGGUAGUAAGGCUCUGAGUUCAUGUGCAUAGUAAGGCUGAAAUCUGGACUUGAAAUCAGUGACAGACAGCCUCCUUCAACAGAUGUAAAGAUGAAUAAAACCUCAGCUAAACCCACAUACUUGGGAGUGUUUUUGUGUUGGGCUCAUAGCAUCAAAUAUGGUCAAGGUCUACAUCAGGUAGUCAUUACUCAGAUUUAUUAGGUAGAGGUUCCCUGGACCUGGCUCUUUCAUGGCACAGUUUAUACCAAACAUGCUUAAGUUAAUUGCUGGAUAGAUGGAAAAAGUCAGCAUCUUAAAAAUUUGUUGGCUGAAUAUCUGAUUGAUAGAUCAAAGGAAUCUGUAUUCUUGGGCUGAAUCUCUUGUUAUUUGGACAUACUUAAAAUGCUGUACCUGUUACUUGCUAGGUUUUAUUUACAUGCAGUCUUCUAUACAAUGAAAAUGUUAAUUAAUAGGUGUUUUGAUUGUUUUAUGGUUUAUUAGGUGAAAGUAUUGCUUCCAUGGCUUGUUAACAAUUAACAUUUCAAAAUCGAAGGGCAAAACUUGGUAUUUGCUUUGAAAGAAAUAUUCCUCUGAAUAUUCACCCAUGUGCAUGCUGCAGCAGUGGAAUACAUAAGGAUAUGAGUCACUUCAUUCCUACACAGUCCAUAAUUUUAAGAAUACACAGCUAACAAGAAAGAUCUAAAAUGUAUGCAAUUGCUUUGACCUUUACACCAACAUGAGUGUUUGCAACAGCAGGUUUUAAAUGGAGUCUGUGCACCAGUUAGGAAGGGACUCUUAAAUGUUUGUCCACUUGUUCCAUUGAUUUUUAAGCACUGACUUAUUACUUUUCAUCUGUUCAGUUUUAGGCUCAGUGUCUUACAGCUCAGUAAAAUGUGUUUCUCAUUUAAAAAAAAAGGAAGGAAGAAGAGGAAAUUUCCUCCAUUUCCACACCUCUGAAACAAUCAAAUCCCCCGUGAUAUUUUAAUUUGGAAAAUUAUUCUACUAACUGUUGUAAUUCUCUUUUGUGAUUUGAGGAGGAAGAGAGCUGUACUUUUGGAAGAUGAAGUUUGUUUGGGGGAUUCAUCCUAAUGCUCUGGCAUAUUCCAUGACUACGUUAGGGGCUGGAAUGAUGAACAGUAUCUUUAAUUUCUACUACGUUAAGCUUUUCCUAAACCGAUACAAAAUUUCAGAAGGAGCCUUUAAUCAAGCACAGGUCGUGUUUAUGAUCUGGAACGCCAUCAACGAUCCUCUCUUCGGGUACAUCCAGGACAACUCCAAGCUGCGGUGCUGCGCCAGACGCCAGUUCUCCAUUCUGUACGGAGCUCCUUUGUACGGGCUGGCCUUCCUGCUGCCCUGGUUCCCCUGGAAGCAGUACGAGGACGGGGACUGGCUCUGUGGUUUCCACCUCGUCGUUGCCUUGUGUGCCUUCGACGGUUUGCUCACCUUCGUGCUCCUGGCGCAGUGCGCGCUCUUCGCCGAGACCUCGACCAGGCACGAGAGCAGGCUCCAGCUCAUCAAGUACAACCAAGUAGCAACGCUAAUUGGAACCACAAGCAUCCUCUUCUGUGGGCUCAUAUCGGAUAACAUGGAAAACUUUACCUAUUUCCAGGCUUUCACUGUUUUGAUCGCAGCGCUAGCGACAGCUUGUAUGUGUUGCACGGGUAAAUACAGUACCAGCCAGUAUGACCAGAGAGAAAUUCAUGUGGAGAGUGCUAACCUGGAAAACAGUGAGGGAGCUUUCUCCUUGGCCUCAGUGGUUUCAUUGACCAAACAGAUUAUGACAGAGAAGAACUUUUUAUUUUUUGUCACGAUGAACUUCUUCCAAGUCUUCCACCUGGCCUUCUACAGCAACUUCAUGAUAAUCUUUGCGGAUAAUCUUAUUCCUACGGAUGUCCUUUCUUCCUCAGUCAGAAGUAUCAUGUAUGGAGCGGGUUUUAUUUGUCCUCAGUGCCUCGUUCUUCUCAGUCAUGCUUCGUUGAAGAAGUUUGGUUAUUACAGAGUCAUCUUGUUUUCCUUUUACUAUGAAGGAGUAGCUGCUGCUGUUAUGUUUUUUCUAGGGCAAGAACACUAUUACCUGUUGGCAUUUUAUCUCACAACAAACAUGGUAAUUGUACAAGCCUCCUUCAGUUUGUUCAAUUUGCCUUUGGCAGAUAUUGUGGAUGCAGAUUUAGUAAAGCACAAGCGUAGAUCACCACUUUCCUCUAUGGUUUUUGGUACCAAUGCUUUAUUUACCAAGCCUGCCCAAUCUUUGGCUCCAAUGCUUGUGGUUAAAGUACUAAAUCAAUUUGGAUAUAGGAACCUGAAUAAUGUUGAUCAUCCUGAUGCAAGGACAUUUUUAGAUCUCCACGAUGCCAUGUUCAACCUGAUCUGCCUGGUUCCACUUUGCAUUGCAGUCAUGCAGGUCCUGACAUGGACUCCCUUUUCCAUCCAGAACAGCCACGUGACAGCUGUGCACUAAAUACCUCCCCCUUGGGCAGUGCCUCUUCUGCUCAGCUCAGCCAUAAAAGAGUUGGUAUGAUUUUCAUGUGAAAAAGCAAAAUUGCAAGACAGUUUGAGCUCUUUAUAAGUUGCAUUCAGCCUUAAUGCUGAGCCUACACAGAGUCUUUCCUAGUUUGGUCGUUUUCCUUUAAUGGGUGUUAUCCUUAAUUACUUUAUUUAAAGUAAUUUCUGGCCUAUACUGAUCGCUGUAAACUCAUUGAAGAAUGGAUAUGGCAGAUCAGGUAAAGGAGUCCCAACCCAGCACCUGGAAUUCAAGGGAACUGUAUUUUCUUAAGCUUACUGGUGGAUUAAUUUUGCCAUCCUGAUAAAACAGCAGAUCUCUGAAGUUAAUCUGGAAGAUUCUGGUGGACAUCCCUCAUGGAUGGCAGGGAGAUGAAGGGAAAAAUUUAGAUGGUGUCUGGCUGGCCAAUAUAACACAGAUCUGACAACUACCACAGGCAGAGGCAAGAGUAAUUAACUUCCCUGAGAAAGUCUGUGUAGGGUUAAAGAAGAAAAAGAUUAAAAUGCUGUUCAUUUUAAUGCUGUUCAUCCAGUGUUGCUGGAUGUGGAAAAAGCUCCAUAAGUCCUCACUGGCUUUCUGAAUAUCUCUUGGUGGUGGAAGGUAGAUGCAGUUUUCUGGCUCUAAAUGAGAAAAUUAUUUUGAAGGUACCAUAUUGUCAGUACUUCAUACAGAAUGUCAUGUGGCAAGAACAACAUCAGUAUGUGGGUGUAAUAAUGUCCAGUUAGUUGGAUAAAUCUAAGCACAGAGUUAUUGAAAUAAACUCUACCUGUUUAGUAAUGUUACAGUGGCAAACUCAUCUGGUGUGUGACAACUGAAGUUAUUUUCUGAUUAAUUCUUACCAAAAUCUUUUUUAGUCAAGCUUUUAAAUGGAUCCUGUGAUUUUUAUAAAAUAAAGA